AUGCUGUGGAGGAAAACUAGGGAACAUAGAGAUGUAGAUAUAAAUACUAGUCAUUUUUACUCAAGUGAAUCUUUAUUUAGGAAAUCGACCCGUACGAAAUCGUCGUCUACAACUUCAAGUUUUAUCGAAUUUUAUUAUUUAGACGAGGAUAAUAAUCAAAAACAUCCAUUAUAUAAAGAUGAAAGAUCACAAUCAUCUGAAAAACUUGAAAAAAUAAAAAGGGCUACAUCUGAUUACCCGAGUUUUGCAUUUCGUAUCAAUGAGCCAAACCUAUCCAAUAAAAGAAAACCUACAAAUGAAAUACUAAAAAAAAAUAUCCAAACGCCAAGUUCAUUAUUACACGGUUUACCUAACUAUGUAAUUUUACAAAUACCAAGUUAUGGAACCCCAUAUAAAACAACACUUGCAAACAAAAGAAAAAACACAGUUGUUACUUAUGAAACUUGUCCAACGACAACUUUAGUACCAUUUGAUCAGGAGCAGAGAAGCAUAGAAUCCAAUACCAUGAAGCCAAAAUCAACCUCUACAAAGCCUGAGCCUACAACCAUAUAUGAUAGGAUAAAAUUCUUUGAAAUAUAUGAUAAAGGAACCCGUUUACCUUCUUACAACGAAGCAGAAAAACCAAUUGAUUUAAAUGAUGUCGAAAGAUCUAUUCAUGGUAACAAAUUACGAAAAGACUUAAGAAUAAUAUUAGAAACUGCAAGUCAAAACAACACAAAUAAUAAUUUACACAAGACCAAACAUGCAAAGAAACAUAUAAUUGAGUCUAAUAGAAGAAAUAACUUUAAUUCAGAUAAUGACAAUAUAAAUUCAAUCAGUAGUUUCAAUCUUACAAGUAAAAACAAUAACCCGACUUCUAGGUCAGUGACAGAAGCUAUUCCAACUUUAACACAAGUAACAAAAUUUGUAAUAAAUAAAAUAAGUAUGGUGGCAAAGUGGUCAGAUUAUUCUUUUAUGGCUGCUUAUGUUUAUGAACCUUCUCAGGUUUACUGCGAUGCUGCCGGUAUCAGUCCCCAUUGGCUGGUAACGUCUGCGUCGUGUUUGUCCAGACGACACAAUAACCCCCGAGGCGAAGGUCGUUCUGCUUUUGUUGCGUAUUGUGGAAGUUCUUGGUGGAGUCCAGACCGGGUUGUUUAUGUGAAGUAUAGCGUAGUACAUCCACGCUAUCAUCAACGAGAUAAACAACGCAUAAAUAUGUACAAUAUUGGACUAAUUCAAGUGGAGAUUUCAAUGGCGACUUGCCCUGGUUGGGUUUCUGUUCCUCUGAUGUCUCACCACUUUGUGGCUCAUUCAGAGGGAUCGAAAGGUUAUGCAGUUGGAUGGGGUCUGGACAGAUAUGAUAUACGAGAUACAGCAAGUGAUUUGCCAAAAUAUCCACUAAUGGCAUAUGAAGGUAGAGUAUUUUCAAAUUCAUGUCCAGGAAUAUUUAAUCACACUAAAUUCAAAUAUCGUUAUAGUGAAGACAGUAAAAAAAAUCUAUAUUGUUUGCUUUUGCCGCCAUAUUCUGGUGAAGAAACCGACCCGAUACAUGGCAGUAUGCUUCUUAUUGAAGGAAAGCUGUGCGCCAUAUACUUACAGGAAGAGCGUCGACGUUCUGGUAACCAGUCUGCACAGUAUACAGGCAUUUGGGGGCUAGGCCCAUGGGUGACUGACAUGGCUCGUGAACCUGAAGAUGCUGAGACCUUUAGCUUGAAGAAAUAA